GUGACAGCCCGGGCGAGCAAUGGCCUGCCUCGGCCUGGCAGCUGCUGUCGCGCGGCGGCAGGGUGGGACUUCCGCCGCGGCCGCCGAGCGGAGGCGCGCGCCAUGGAGCGGGCGUAGGCCGCGCCGGGCCCCCCGCGCCGGGCCCCGGCCCGCAGGUAUUAAAUAAAAUAUGCUGUUGUCAAUAGGAAUGCUGAUGUUGUCUGCCACUCAGAUAUACACUAUUUUGACUGUUCAGUUAUUUGCUUUCCUGAAUCUUUUACCUGUGGAGGCAGAUAUUUUAGCAUAUAACCUUGAGAAUGGAACCCAGACCUUUGACGAUCUGCCCGCUAGAUUUGGGUACAGACUGCCAGCGGAAGGCCUGAAGGGUUUCCUGAUAAAUUCGAAGCCGGAGAAUGCGUGCGAGCCGAUAGCCCCGCCUCCGCUGAGGGACAACUCCUCCAGCGCCUUCAUCGUCUUAAUUCGAAGGCUUGAGUGCAACUUCGAUAUCAAGGUUCUAAAUGCCCAGCGAGCGGGAUACAAGGCGGCCAUCGUUCACAAUGUGGAUUCUGACGACCUCAUCAGCAUGGGAUCCAACGACAUUGAGAUUUUAAAGAAGAUUGACAUUCCUUCUGUCUUCAUUGGCGAGGCGUCAGCGAAUUCUCUUAAAGAAGAGUUUACUUACGAAAAGGGUGGCCAUGUUGUGCUAAUCCCAGAGUUCAGUCUUCCUUUGGAGUACUACUUAAUCCCUUUCCUGAUCAUAGUGGGGAUCUGUCUCAUUCUCAUCGUCAUAUUUAUGAUCACUAAAUUCGUGCAGGACAGACACAGAGCGAGAAAGAAUCGGCUUCGGAAGGAUCAGCUUAAGAAAAUUCCUGUACAUAAGUUUAAGAAAGGAGAUGAAUACGACGUGUGUGCCAUUUGUCUGGACGAGUACGAGGACGGAGACAAGCUCAGGAUCCUGCCGUGCUCUCAUGCGUAUCACUGCAAGUGUGUGGACCCAUGGCUGACAAAGACCAAGAAGACGUGUCCCGUGUGCAAGCAGAAGGUGGUCCCGUCGCAGGGGGACUCGGACUCGGACACCGACAGCAGCCAGGAGGAGAACGAGGUGUCCGAGAACACGCCGCUGCUGCGGCCGCUGGCCUCGGUCAGCACGCAGUCCUUCGGGGCGCUGGCCCAGUCCCACGUGCCCCAGAACGGGACCGAGUCCUCGGACUACGAGGAGGACGACAAUGACAAUGGUGACAGCAGCGACGCGGAGAACGGCGUGAGCGAGGAGAGCGUGGUGGUGCAGCUGCAGCCCGGCGACGAGAGGGAGCUCAGGGCGGCCCACCCUGUCUGAGGCUCCUGCCGACGGGCGGUUCCUAAGGCGAGACUUUACAAACCUUGACGUAGGGAGUAUCUUUUAAUCUGUAAUCCAUUUGGUUUCUUCGGUAGGAGCAGCGUUUCAUGUAGUAGUAUAUGGUUAAAUCAUUACGGAUAGAUUUAUUUUUGAUUCAGGUAUUCAGUCACGUUCCGUCUUCUCAAAUGAACAGUUUAACUGGACUUCACAAUGCUAAUGAAUAAUGUUAAUAGUUUAUAUCGAUAGAAGUAUCACACAAACUCUAAAUGUGUCUUGUUGAAAUGGGAUUUAUCUGGAAGUACUUUUCUCCAUUUUGUAGCAACAACCGGGUCAUACCGAUAGCAAUAUUUAUUACAUGUAUGGUAUGUGUUACCCCUGAAGCCCAACAAAAAUGUAUCUGCAUGUUUGUAUAGAGUUUUCCUAAAACUGUCACCACCACUGAGAGAAAAAUGUAGAGCAGAUCAAUAUUCUGUAGCUGGUGCAUCAGAACAAAGAAACCCCACGUGUGUCUCAAAGCGGCGAUGCAGAGUUUGCCCCAGUGUCCGAGUCGGAGCGGAUCCGUGGGGCAGCUCCUGGGAUCAGGAAACCCGGAGUGCGUGUUCAGCUUCGAGCGGUUUUCAGGGUGAGGAGCACCUGAACACGUGAGUGGCCCCGCGGGUACCACGGAGCAGCCUGCCCGCCGGGGCGACCAAACCAGGGGUUUAGUUCCACAUAGAAAAUAACUUCAGAUAAGUAUUGAUCUCGUAUACCUCCCACUAAGGAGCGUUUUGUGCUGCACUAGUCUGCUAAACCAUGUAUAUAGAAAAACUGUUCCAAUACCUGACUGAAAACAAGUGCUUCUAACUGUUAACAGAACUCAGUACUUACCAGUGUAUCAUGAGAAAAGGAGAUGCUAUAUAAUACCUCUGUAACUAUGUAGAAAGCAAAAACAUACAUAUAAUCAGAACGCAGAGAUUUUUUUAUAUGGCCUUGAAUAAGGAAAGCUUGAAAGAAUGUUAAUAAACAUGUUUUCCACUUUAA